AGGUACAUGUGUGUAUUAAAAGAUCUAACAUCCCUGCUUUGAUAUUCAUUGACACUCAACUAGCAACACAAGUAUGAUCAACAGCCGAGGAUCUUGAAGGAAAAGCUUUGAUGAUAUUACAAUGCCAGAUGGAAGGAUGCUGAUUCAAUAAUCACUCUGAGAUUGAAAGAGUAUAUCUUUGUUGCAAUCAAUUUAUCCCACUGCCAAAAGAGGAACAUAAAAAGCAGAUAUUCCGAGCUCUAGAGUAACUGAUACUGCUGUUGAUCAUGAGGAUGUAAUCCACAGACAGAGAGAGGAGACCCAGCAACUGACUUGUCUGUGGGUCGGUCCUUGAUCACGGAUGUUGAAUACCGAAGACAGGGGAUCCACCUGGAGUUACUGGAGACUAAGCGGGAUCCAUCUAUCUCCCAAGAUGCGAUUCAAUCAGAAAGAGCUAGCGGCCGUGGGCAUGGAGUCCUCCAAGUAUUUCACCAAGGAGGGACCUCUUUACAUGAAAGUCACAGCUGGUGGUUGGCGCAAGAAAGGUUUGGAUUACAGUGAAAGGUGGUGCAGACUACGAGGUAAUCUUCUGUUCUUCUUCAAAGAUCGUAACCUCCUACCUGAACCUCAAGGAGUCAUUGUACUAGAACAGUGUUUUAUCAAGGAAGAGUAUGGAGAGGUUAAACCGCAUGCUUUCUCACUAGAAUUUGUGGGAGAGGAACACAACCAGUACUUUGCUGCACACUCCACAGAACUCAGAGAUGAGUGGGUGGCGGCGAUACGCCUGGCAAGCUAUGAGAUGCUGCGUGGACAGUUACAGAAGCUACGUAUCCAGAUCUUAGCACGCACAGGUCGUGACCCCAUCAGUGAGGGUCAACCAGGGGUCAUUGACCCAGGUGACCUUUCUGAUGGAACACAGAAUGAUCCUGUCUUGGAGAUGUCAAUAUCUUGUAACAACCUUCCUAUGAAACCCAGCGGAGAGGAACCUAGUGUGUAUGCUACCAUCAACUGUAUGACACCGCCAGAUACAAGAUGGCUAAACUGUGGACAAACAGAGAUCAUUGAUAGACAAUCUAAUCCAUUCUUUGUAUCUACGGUAGUCUUUGAGACCAGUCGGAACAUUGCUGUCAUCACCAGGUUACGAGCCAAUAUUUACUCUGUCGAAGACAGGACUAACCAAUCAUCAUGCUCUCAUACCUCUGUAAAUUCCUCUACUUCAUGCUCCUCCUCCUCUUCGUCUUCCUCCUCGUCUUCCUCUUCGUCUUCAUCGUCGUCCCCUCAGCAUUGUCCUAUAGGUCAUGCUAUCUGUUCCUUCAAGGAUAUCAUUGCUGCACCUGGUAACAAGCUAGUACUCAAUAUCAUCGGUGCUGAUGAUAGACCCUGCGGUGGCACCAUCAGCUUACUGCUAUGGGAGCUUGAUCAGUGCGUGUCUCCUGAAACAGAAAGGAAUUUUCAAGUGAUAUCCCAGCCAGAUCCUAUCAGUAAUAUGAUCAUUGGGGUACCACCUUCACCCACCACUCUCCAUCCACCCCGUAGUAUACAUACAUCAUCCAGUAGAGAUUCUAUAUCAAGAGGACUCUAUGGAUGUGUGUGCAAUAAGAAAUACCGUUAUCUCAAUCCUGAUGGUAAGAUAGUACAGGUGGAAGAGAUUAUGGCGGAGAGUAAACUAUCAUUCUACAUUCCACAAAAGAUGCUAGAAUUAUAUUUAGAUGAAGAAAAGAGGAAGUUAAAAGAGGUUUCAGUCUUUGCACUGCCAUCAGAAGAUUGGGAUAGAGUAGGUCGAGCUGUAAUGGCCGAGCACGUCACUAUGAUAGAACAGUACACACAAUCCUUAGAACAACUCAAGAGGUUACAGAAAAAUGAGUUAAGGUUAUUCAAGAAGAGCACAGAGCGUAAUGAUAAGAGACUAGAGUUUGUACCUACAAAUCUCCAUCUACAAAGAUUGAGAGUUGAAGAGCAAGGAUCAAAAGGAGUUGUAUAUAACACCAUCACCUUUGGAGCACCCUGUGCACACACAAUGAAAUUCAAACAUGGAGGAUUAAGAAGAUUAUUCCAACAAUAUGCAGAUGAACAGAGUAGACUUGUUGGUAACAACCACUGCCUAUCAUCACAAGCAGCUGAUGUAUUAACAAGAGUAUCAGAACUAAGAGAGAAGGUUGAUCAAUGCUGUAAGGACGUUAGCUUAGCUGCCAAGUAUAAAGACGUUACUACCAUGAAGCAUAUGACACAAGCACUAUAUGAACAGAUUAAAAUCUUCUGCAGAGAGGUGACCUUACUCCUAGAGCAAUGUGUAGUUCCAGCAUUACAGAAAACCCAUGGAUCAUAUCAAGAUGCUACUAAAGCUGAAGGGAAAUCAGAUCGUAAGCAUCAUAAAUCACAUCAUCAUCCUGUUAGUAAUGACAAUGGUAGUGCUGGGAAUUCACGCAACAGCAGUAUCAGUGUUUCCUCGCCUCCCCAGAGGAGUAGUAUGCUAAGCUCCAGCAGUGGAUCUACCGUUCCUAGUACUAGUGUAUCUAAUGGUAGCUAUGAAGAUUGGGAACUGAAUGGACUUUGUUUACCAGGGAAAGCUUGCCCUAAUAGAGAAGGUGUCCCAUCAUGGGAUUGUAUGUGUAAGAAGAUAGAGGAUUCAGUGAGUAUGCUUCAGCAGGUGGUUGAGAUGUUACCAGAGUCAGCUAAUGCUGAGGAGCGAAUGGUAGCAGUCGACCCAGGACUCCAAUCACUGAAUGAAGCUCUUAUCAAGCUUCAAGAACAAGCCAAGUUCAGUGUGGGAUUCCAGAGAUUACAGGAGGAAUACAAAAACCUUGAUUUUCUGCAGAAUCUACAGAACAGAAGAGACCUUGUAUUCUGUCAAGUGAUCACAUCUCUGAUCGUCGGUGUAGUUACACAAUUCAAAGAGAAUCUUAACAACAGGGGAUAUCUCAAGCAGCUUUGUAAGCUAGGAUUCUUAGCUCACUUUGAGAGUCUUCUCAGUACAUAUGGUGAUGAGAUGGGGAUGCUAGAAGACAUGUCAGCAUCAAUCAAAGAUCUUCAGGGAGUAACAUUUAAAUUAAUUGCAAGCAAAUCAGAAGAUGAUAAACCUCUCAUCUCAGGAAGCAGAUGCAAUGUAGUUGUAGAGAUUCCGCUAGAUAUCAACACCUUGACCAAGCUACCAGAUGACCUUGGUCGAGGUCAAAUUAUCAAGGUCACUCCUGUUCUGUUCACUGUAGGAAUCAAUGAAGAACAAUCACUUGCUGAAUUGUUUGGAGAUACAUCAUUACAAGAGGCUAUCAACAAAGAAAACAUGCAUAAACUAGAUGUCUACUUUGAUAGAUACCUCAGAUUACUACAAGUUGAAGACCGUCCACAUUCCACAAGCACGCUGAGUAUUGAGCUAUUAAUGACAAGUUUGAGACAUCAUGUGCAGUCUAAAAGACAGAAGAACGUUGAGAUACUACAUUAUAGCAGACAGUUGGUGAGAAGAAUAAACGGUAUCCGUUACAUGAGCUGUAAGAGUGCUAAAGAUAGAACAGGGAUGUCUGUGACGUUAGAACAAUGUCAAUUACUACAAGAUGAACACAAGAUGGAGCCCCAUAUGUUUGUGCAUUUACUCAACACCAUGCGCAGUGAGGGGACCAGGAGAGACAACUCGAGAAAGAACACAGGAAUCAACAAGUAUGCCUUCAACAAGAUGCAGUUAAGAGCAUUCCCUAAGUUAUACAGACCACCAGAAGGAACCUAUGGCAAGACAGUUGCGACAUAAUCCUAAAUGAUAACCAAGAGGGGGGUUUCAUGAAAGUCAUCAGCACUGACAAUUUCAGUGACAGCACUGACAAUUUCAGUGAAACCCUGGGUUUUGAUUGGCUGAGAAGCACAGGUCUCUCACUGUCUAUGUAUGGUAUCUAUUGAAGAAAACUUACAUUUAGUACUUACAAGCUUCAUAAAAGUGGUGCCUAGGUGCCCAUUGCAGAAACAGGUGCAAUAAAAUGCAACUCUUGAAAUAAGAAGUAAAUUCUAACCAACCAGAGUGCGCACUGGAGUCUCAUGUUUGACAGUUUGCAACAUCCUUUUUCAUUCCUGUGUUAUAAAAGAUUCCAACAGAUUUUGGAAAGUAACAACUCAUGAUAAAUUGGUGGCCUGGCUUAUCAUUACAUACCGUUGAGCGUUGUGGCCCAGUGGAUUAGUCUCCGGACUUUGAAACAGAGGGCCGUGGGUUUGAAUCCCAGCCAUGACGUAAUUUCCUUCGGCAAGAAAUUUAUCCACAUUGUGCUGCACUCGACCAAGGUAAGGUGAAUGGGUACCCGGUAGGAUUUAUUCCUUGAACGCUUUAGCGCCUAUUAGUAUGGCGGCUUAGCUACAGCCGGGGUAAUAAUAUGAUACCAAGUAGAAAAGCGCAGUUGAGUAUAUACACAUAGUAAUUGCGCUAUGUAAAUGGACAUAUUAUUAUUAUUAUUAUACCUUUCAAAACCAGAACAGUAGGUGUGGUUAUGGCAGAAACAGUGCACAAUGUGGAUGUUGUUUUUAGUGACGACAAUUCUUAGAAAAUUCACACCAACUUUUCUUAUUUCGAGAGCCUGUAUUGCAAAUUUGUCUGUUUGUUGGCAAAUAGGGUUCAUUUUUGGAUAUGACAUGACAACAGUAUUGAUGGCAUGUAUUAGAUUUGCAUAAACUAUUUUAGGUUAGAAAUUAUGAACACCACAAAGGGUGUAAGAUUGGUGCUAUGAUAGAGGUGCUUUAGCUCAUGUUUAUGAGAUUGCAAUCUGGCAAAAUGACUAUCCUUGGAGAUCUGUUGGUAUCUUAACUAGUUCUCAGAUGACUACCAUCUGAUUUUGUACCCUGUUUUACCUUGUCCUUAAUUAUAAUCUUAAAAAUGCCUGUAACCAUAACUCUGUUUUACUAAUCCUAAUUCUGUGCAGAUAAUGUGCAGAAAUAUCACAAAAGAGCUAGAAGUUGGUAAUUUCGGUUGGAGCGGUUUAGAUUUUCCCUGUACAAAAACGCCAUAGAGAAUACAACAACGCUGGCAGCAAUUUCAAUACACAUGAUCAGCAAAAUAUAUCAUUUCUUUUACGUGCAACGUCAAUGCAUUGCAGAUACGACAGUUUGGCUGACCAUGCAUAAUUUGCAUAUUAAGUGCACGCUGCUGCUCUUUGCUUUGGUUCAGUAUACAUUUCCAAUGGGAUUUGCGCAUUCAAUCCAAAAUUUGCAUGGCAUCGCCAUGAAAAUCCCCACAUAUCUCAGAAACUGAAAUAAAGUGCUGCCUAGAAAUUUAAUUAUGUAUAGAGUGGGACUUGUACUUUCAUUUUCUGCAAAAAUCUCAAAAUCAAUUUUUGGACCAAAAUUGACUGACACUGACGGUUCAGAUGAAAGCUGACGAUAUGAGUCCACAAUGAAUUUCAAUUAAUCAUUUGGUACAUUAUCUUAAUUAUGAACAAUGGAGUAGUAUGAUGUAACCCUGUACAAUUCUUGUUUAGUCUGGAGUUAAACCUAGGUUGGAUCAUCAGAAUACCACCCAGGAAUGCGUUAAAAUGUAAGAUGUGGAGUUAGCAGAUAAAUAUUGGAAUGAACAUUAUUCAGAUGUAUAGGUUAUAUGGUCUACCCCUGAUUUCAAUCAAGUUACUCAGAUUGUUUAUUGGUAUGCUAGCCUUGCAAUUUGGUUUCUCUCUUUCCAAAAUCUGUAACUCUUAUAAAAACUAUUUAUUUAGAUAUUCUCAAUAUCAUUUAUGGAAAUUAUUUAUAGGUAUUCACUGAUAAUUGUGGUAAUAUGACUAUAAAUACCAAAGUAGCAAAACUGGAGCCUAUUUUUUUUUUUAACUAGAAUUGUUUAAAUUCUGAAGUUCAUGUCAGGAUCACUCUUUAUUUACAUUACUGACUGGUUCUGUGGCUAGCAAUGUUACCUGUGGCUCUUAUAAUAAUAGACAUGCCUAGUUACACUCCUACAUGUGACCAUUAGCUUUGAGAUUUAAACCUUUGUAUGCAAUCAUUUGGGCACCUUGUCAACAGAUGGAACCGUGUCUUUCCUGCGGGAGUCCUGCAAGUGGCUUUUCAAUACCAAUCUUUAUAUUUCAUCCUUGACAAAAUAAUGGAGAAUGAGGGAAAGUUGCUUUGAAAAGAUGCACACAGGGCCUUUACAGCAGGACUUCUGCUAGAAGACGCGGCACAGGCUUUUCACAAAUUGCCUAGUCUGGAAAUUAAGGACAAAGAUGCUAUCUUUAGGGAUUUUGUGUAAUCACUUUACUCACUAGAUACUCAGUUGACAAUAAUUCAAUGUUGCAAUGUCAAUGGCUGAAUGAUGUUUUAUUUUUUUGUUAUAAGUAAUUUAAUAUCAAGUAAGUGUUUAGUACUGCUAAAUCGGAAAAUAGCAUGAGAAACAGGCAUACUGAAAGGUUUUUUCCAUGCACUCUUUAGAGAGUAAAAUCCCAUGAAUUAAAAAACACUCGAAUGAAACAAUAUAUAAUAGAACCAAAAAAGACAAUGGACACCAAACUACAAACUGGGAUUGGCUGUCAAAGUAAACAAAUUAGGCUUAGUAAACAACCAUGCAUUAAAACUAAGCAACUAAAAUAACCAACGGCUUCGUACGACCUCCUUCUGGUGACACAGAAUGGGGUCAGUGAGAUGAAUAUAUGCUGCUUCUAGCAUGCGCAGGUGCAUAAAACUCCUUGCUCAGCUGAGGACCUUACUAAGUCAUAUUUUUUUUCGGUUCUAUUAUGCAUUGUUUUGUUCUAGCAUUCUGUUAAUUCAUGUGAUGUUACUUUGAUGAGUGCAUGUCAAAAAGCUUCAGUAUGUUUGUUUUCAAUGCGAUUUCCCUAAUUUAAUAUCAUUGUGUAGUAAUAAAGUCUCUUCAAAACAGUAUUCAAUAU